AUGGUCCUAGCAAACUUUUCUGUAAUCGAUUUGAAUCCAAGCAUCUUUCUUGCUGAAAGGAUAACACCUCGAUCUGCUUUCUCCGCUCACCUUUCCGUUGGUCAAAUUCGUCCUCCUUCUCAUGCUUCUCAAACUAAUGCUCUAUGGAGUAAGGGAGAACAAUCAACUACUUUAGCAAUUAUUACUGCUUCUAGUUUACAGGAACUAGCUGAAUGGAAUGCUCUUUAUAUGCAAAAUUUUGGGUUUGUAUUUCUCAUAUGUGCAUCUGGGAGAAGUACUGAAUCAAUACUUGUACUUGCUGAAUUGAAGAAACGAUAUACAAACAGACUAAUUUUUGAAUUUGAGUUUGCAUCUCAAGAGCAAAUAAAAAUUACCGAACAACAACAACACAAACUUGCAGCUCCUCACACUCAACAACUUCGAGCAACGCUUCAGCAGCAGCUCAACCUCCCACAACAAUAA